CGUCCGAUUGUUCCAAUCAUAAUUUGAAAUUUCAUUCACAGGUGAGAAACAGCACACUGCGAGAUAUGCUGUCUGACACUAAUCUCGAACUGAACAUUUAAACUCACUGGUUAGCGGCCACUUUAUUUCUUAAUUUGUUGCAUUCCAGUUAAGAAUCCUAAGAAAAAAUGGAGUCGUUUGAAGAAAACAGGGUGAAUCAGCCGUUAUUAGAGUCGAAAAAACCGCGGCCGGCGCCAGUGCCGGCCGGGGAGGAGGUAAGCUCUGAGCUUGAAGAUAUACUAUCAGACACCAACUUGUCGUUGUGGAGCCGCCUCCGAAAAGCCACCUGGAUAGAGUUAAAGACUCUCUAUAUCCUUGCAGCUCCUGCUGUUAUAGUUUACUUGCUUAAUAAUAUUACUUCAAUGUCCACUCAAAUCUUCUGUGGCCAUCUUGGCAAUCUUGAACUUGCUGCUUCUUCUCUUGGCAACAGUGGUAUUCAGCUUCUUGCAUAUGGAGUCAUGCUAGGAAUGGGAAGUGCAGUAGAAACGUUGUGUGGACAGGCAUAUGGAGCACACAGAUACGAUAUGCUCGGAGUAUACAUGCAAAGGUCAACAAUCCUCCUUAUGGCCACAGGGAUACCACUGAUGAUAAUUUAUAUAUUCUGCAAGCCAAUUUUGCUCUUGCUAGGUGAAUCGAGAAGGGUUGCAUCCGCUGCAGCACUUUUUGUCUACGGCCUAAUCCCUCAGAUUUUUGCAUAUGCUGCAAAUUUCCCAAUACAGAAGUUCUUGCAGGCACAAAGCAUAGUGAAUCCCAGUGCAUAUAUAGCCGCAGCCACACUGGUGGUGCACAUUUUCUUGACAUGGCUGGUUUUGUAUGUGCUGGGGUGGGGGUUGUUGGGGGCAGCAUUUGUGUUGAGUUUAUCAUGGUGGAUUAUCGUGGUGGCACAAUUUGUGUACAUUGUCAAGACUGAACGGUGCAAAAAUACAUGGAAUGGAUUCAGCUGGAUGGCAUUUUCUGGUUUGUGGGAUUUUUUGAAGCUGUCUACUGCUUCUGGUGUUAUGCUUUGCCUCGAGACUUGGUACUUUCAGAUUAUGGUUCUCAUCGCUGGCUUGCUUCCUAAUCCUGAAGUCGCUUUGGAUUCCCUGUCUAUUUGUGGAACAAUCCUUGGAUGGGUAUUUAUGAUUUCCGUGGGGUUCAAUGCUGCGGCAAGUGUAAGGGUUAGCAAUGAGCUUGGGGCAGGGCAUCCAAAAUCAGCUGCAUAUGCUGUUGUGGUGGUGACAUCGAGCUCCUUCAUUAUAUCAGUGAUUUUUGCCGUAGUUUCACUUGUGCUGCGCCAUCAAUUAAGUUAUAUCUUCACCGGUGGCAAAACUGUUUCCGAUGCCGUUUCAGACCUUACUCCACUUCUGGCCAUCUCCAUUGUUCUUAAUGGCAUUCAACCUGUUUUGUCCGGUGUGGCUGUUGGUUGUGGAUGGCAAGCAUUUGUUGCUUAUGUUAACGUUGGAUGUUACUAUGUGGUUGGCGUUCCAUUGGGUGCAAUUCUUGGCUUCAAAUUCAACCUUGGAGCACAAGGAAUAUGGUCAGGAAUGUUGGGAGGCACAGCCAUGCAGACUGUAAUCUUAUUAUGGGUCACCAGUCGGACAGACUGGAAUAAGGAGGUGGAGAAGGCAAAGAAUCGUUUGCAAAAUUGGGAAGCUUCAAAAGAGAAAAAUCAGUUGAAAAAUUAAUUAGCAUGCACUUCAUUCCUCCGAAAUGAAUUAUCUAUAAAACUAUCUGUCUGUUGAUGCAUUCUGGGCAGUCCCUAAAUUAUUCCUUUUGCUGGCUGCUUGCGCACGCUUCUCAUUGCUUGCUAUUAUUUCCUUUGCAUGCUCUUACCUUAUUGUGCACCACAGAUGGCUGUUAUAAAGCUAUGUAAUCCUCAUUGUAAUGAAGAUCUUUUUGGAAUAAAAUAUUUAGAAUUGAGAGAUUUUUCCA